AUGGCUAAAGCUUAUAGAAAAGAAGAUUUUGAUUAUAUUAUGUCAAAGGUUGCUAAGGUUGAUCAAAGAGUUAAGGAAUAUCUAGAGGAUGCUGGAUAUGAAAAAUGGUCUAGAUGUCACUCGCCUGUAAAUAGAGGUAGAAUGAUGACCUCUAAUAUAGCAGAAUGUAUUAACAAUUGUUUGGUUGAGGCAAGAAAACUUUCAAUUUUAGGUUUCCUUGAAGAAGUUAAAAUUUUAUUUGUCGCCUGGAAUUGUAAGAACAACGAAAUUGCAUCUUACACAAAUACAACUCUUGGGAGAAGAUUUGAAGAAAUACUGACUCUUAAUGGGGUUAUAGUUAAGCCAAUGGGUAGUUAUCUUUAUUGUGUAUAUGAUUUGAGACAGCGGUACAUUAUCGAUAUUGACUGUAGAACGUGCAACUGUGGUCGGUAUCAAAUUGAUAAAAUACUGUGUCCACAUAGAAUUGUCAUAUUAAAAAGUAAAAAUAUGGAUGUAAAGGAUUAUGGUCAUUCUUGCUCUGAAUUGUACAGGCCAAACACCAUAGUCAAGACAUAUGAACUCCCGAUAGUUCCAAUGCCAGACAAGAAGGAUUGA